AUGAAUUUAAUAAGUAAAAUCAAACUGGUAGCUAAUGAUGCUCGAAAACAAGUUUCAGAUGCUUUGAUAGAAAAUAAUCAUGAAAUAAUGAAAGAUUUUGUUUUAAUAACAAAUGAAUUGAAAAUAGGUAGACAAACAAAGGAUUACGUCGAAACAAAUUUGAACAAAUGGCGAAUUGAACUGGAUAAAACUGAACAAGAAGUAAAUUCGACGCGAAACAUGUGGAUGGAUUCGCACGAUUCGUCAUUGCCGCCAAUCAAUAUGAUUAAAAUUAAACUUAAUAACAUAGAUCAAUUUGGAGAAACUAAGGGCUCGAUGCAAGUAAAAGAUAACAAUCGAAUUGCAUUGCACUCUGGGGGUGGUGAUUCUCAUUCAUCUGGCUAUGGAACAGCAUUGUAUUCAAAAGGUGUGCACCGAGUUUCCUUUAAAAUUGAGAAAAUGUACGAUAAUUAUUGGAUUUUCUUUGGUAUAACAUCUUCUAAUAUGCCAAUAAAAGCCGCUGCAUGUCUAUCAAGAUCAGCGUACGGUUGGGCAGCGACAAGUAAUUAG